CCCCCAACCCAAAUCAAACAACCAGACGCAAUUACUACAAUCCCCAAUAAAACAAAUUUCCAACCCUCCAAACUCAAGGCCAUAAUCGUCAUCUUAUCUAGUAAUAGCAAAAAUCAAAUGGGACCUAACUCCUUUUCGAUCACGUACUCUCUCCAAAUACAACCACCAAAAUAUCAACAUUAAUUAUUCAUCAACAUUCUGAUUAGUGUUAAUUUUUUAAUUAGUUAUUCAAUUAAUCAGAAUAAGACGCCACAUUGCGUCGUCGCGCCAAUACGCGUCUUACACACACGCCUCAAUAAAAUCGUUCCACGUGUCAAAAUGCUUCUUCCACGGUCACAGCUUUUUCUAACUUACGCGGGAUCUCACACUUGCGCUGGUUAAUCUCUCUCCCUCUCUCUCUCUCUCUCUCUCUCUCGUGUACAGUUAUUUCUUCUACGUCGUCGUUUCAAGGUUUCACCGAUCCAAUCUUCGUCACCGAUUCUGAAGAAUCGAACUCGAGCGAAGAAUUCAAGGUUUCAAGAAAUUGGCGAAGAACAACUACGAAUACCGCUAUUGCUGAAUUCGAAUUUCGAAUCCUAAGCUCUUUCGUAACAAUUUCGUGGAAUAAAAGAUCAAAGAACAGUGCAGUGGAACCGCUGGUUCCAUGAUCUUCCGUCUCCGGUACCGGCGAUGAUUUAUAAGGUCAUUUAGCUUGCAAUCGAUCUCACCGAAGCGAAAAUUCUCCUUCUCCAGCUUCCGGCCGGCAAAACUUCCAAACUGUUCUCGUUUUUUUUCGUUGGAAGUUUGAAUUUCGUGCUCAGGUGAAGCGAUGACGUCGAAGGUCGUGUAUGAAGGGUGGAUGGUGAGGUAUGGCCGGAGAAAAAUUGGGCGAUCGUUCAUUCACAUGAGGUACUUUGUGUUGGAAUCGCGGUUACUUGCUUAUUACAAGAGAAAACCGCAGGAUAAUCAGGUUCCUAUUAAGACACUGCUAAUUGAUGGCAACUGUAGAGUGGAGGAUAGAGGCUUGAAGACCCAUCAUGGACAUAUGGUAUAUGUUUUGUCUGUUUACAACAAGAAAGAAAAGAACCAGCGGGUUAUGCAGAUGGCUGCUUUUAACAUCCAAGAGGCCCUAGUUUGGAAGGAAAAAAUCGAGUAUGUAAUUGAUCAGCAUCAGGGGGCACAACCAUCAAAUGGUAACAAAUAUAUUUCUUUUGAAUACAAAUCUGGGAUGGACAAUGGGAAGACGGCUUCUUCCUCUGACCGUGAAAGCCAGUUUAGUGCUCAGGAGGAUGAAGAUGAGCCUUCUUCAAAUUUGUUAAGGAGGACAACGAUUGGAAAUGGGCCUCCGGAAUCAAUUUUUGACUGGACACGAGAGAUAGAUUCAGAUUUGUCAAAUCAGAAUGCCAAUAACCAAGUUUUCUCAAGGAAGCAUUGGCGUCUGUUGGAAUGCCAAAAUGGACUUCGAACAUUUGAAGAACUUCUUGAAGUUGAUUACCUUCCAAGGAGCUAUAGUAGAGCGAUGAAGGCAGUGGGUGUUGUGGAGGCUUCUUGUGAAGAAAUUUUUGAGCUUGUGAUGAGCAUGGACGGGACACGGUUUGAAUGGGAUUGCAGUUUCCAGGAAGGUAGAUUAGUUGAGGAGGUGGAUGGGCAUACAGCAAUUCUUUAUCACCGACUUCAGUUGGACUGGUUCCCAAUGUUUGUGUGGCCCCGUGAUCUUUGUUAUGUACGAUACUGGCGUCGAAAUGAUGACGGAAGUUAUGUUGUUUUAUUUCGCUCUAGAGAACACUACAACUGUGGUCCACAACCAGGGUGUGUCCGGGCACAUAUUGAGAGUGGAGGAUAUAACAUCUCCCCCUUAAAGCCUAGGAAUGGGAGGCCCAGGACACAAGUUCAGCAUCUUAUGCAGAUUGAUCUGAAGGGUUGGGGUGUGAGUUAUAUACCGUCUUUCCAGCUGCAUUGUCUACGCCAACUAUUAAAUAGCGUAGCUGGUUUACGCGAAUGGUUUGCCCAGUCAGAUGAAAGGAACGCUCCUCCAAGAAUUCCUGUCAUGGUUAAUAUGUUCUCAACAUCUGCUUCAAAGAAGAGUCAGAAAACAAAUGAUAUUUCUGUUAAUUCUACUUCUCUUGAUCAAAAUGCUGCACACAGAAACUCUGCUCUACUAGAUGAAUAUUCCGAUGAAGAUGAGGAUUUUCAAAUAGCAGAACCAGAGCAAGAGGCGUUCUCAAUUGGCCGUGAGAGUGAUGUUAGAAAAACAGAAGCCUUGGAUGAAGAGUCCGGUGAUGAGAUCGACUUAUCUUCCUUUUCUGGUAAUUUACGCCGUGAUGAUCGUGAUAAUGCUCGGGAUUGCUGGAAGAUAUCAGAUGGAAAUGACUUUAGAGUCAGAAGCAAGAAUUUUUGCUAUGACAAGUCAAAGGUUCCUGCAGGAAAACAUCUGCUGGAUCUUGUUGCUGUUGACUGGUUUAAGGACUCAAAAAGAAUGGACCACGUGGCUAGACGUCAUGGUUGUGCAGCACAGGUUGCUUCUGAAAAGGGAUUUUUCUCCAUUAUCAUUAAUCUUCAGGUGCCAGCUUCAUCACAUUACAGUAUGGUAUUUUAUUUUGUGACCAAGGAGUUAGUUCCUGGAACACUCUUGCAACGCUUUGUUGAUGGUGAUGAUGAAUUCCGAAACAGCAGGUUGAAGCUCAUCCCAUCAGUCCCAAAGGGUUCAUGGAUUGUACGCCAAAGUGUUGGGAGCACUCCUUGUUUACUGGGAAAGGCAGUUGAUUGCAACUAUAUUCGUGGUCCGAAGUAUUUAGAAAUUGAUGUUGAUAUCGGUUCUUCUACUGUUGCUAAUGGAGUUUUGGGGUUGGUUAUUGGCGUGAUUACAACACUGGUGGUUGAUAUGGCUUUUCUUGUACAGGCAAAUAGUUCUGAUGAGUUGCCCGAGAGACUUAUUGGAGCUGUUCGAGUUUCUCAUUUAGAGCUGAAAUCUGCCAUAGUCCCCAAAUUGGAUCCAGAUCCAUUAUGACAGGCCAAGUCUUUUCUAAUGUUCUUUUAUACAAAAUCAUUUGUUUGCAAUAUGCUAUUGUAUCAUUUUUCAUUCUACUGGGAUGUAGGUUCAUUGUUUUUAAAUUGGUUCUUUCUAUAAAAUAUUAAAAGGAAAAUUUUCUUCUCUUCUCUUUCAUUUUUGUUUUUGAAAUGUAUUUAGUUCAGGGUCAAGCUGAUAUAGGAACUGUAUUUUGUCAACGUAUUCAUAUUGGGAUAUAUAUUUCAUCUGAUAAUGAAGUAUCACCAUAUAGUUUUAA